AUGAGCGACAGCAGCAAGAAGCUAGAGAUCGUCGACGGCGGGGUCGUCAUAGCCAAGCGCUCUCCUAGUGACGACGUUAAACCUGGUUCCAUCUCUGACAAUGCCGACAAGCUCCAACGAAGACUCAACAACCGCCAGAUCCAGCUCAUCGCCAUCGGCGGUUCGAUAGGCACUGCCCUGUUCGUGAGUAUCGGUGGAGGUCUCGCAAAAGGUGGUCCGCUCAGUUUGUUCCUCGCAUACACCAUCUACUCGUGCAUGCUCGGCCUGGUCAACAACUGCAUGGCCGAGAUGGCCACACUGCACCCGGUCACUGGUGGUUUCAUCCGAAUGGCCGGUAAAUGGGUAGAUGACGCUUUUGGGUUCAUGGCCGGCUGGAACUUCUUCUUCUACGAGGCACUUCUCAUCCCGUUCGAAAUCACUGCUCUCAACCUGGUCUUGUCGUUCUGGACUGAUGCUAUUCCUACCGCUGCCGUCUGCGCCGCUUGCAUCGUGCUAUACGCCGCCAUUAAUAUCCUCGCAGUCCGCGGAUACGGAGAAGCCGAGUUCUGGCUGUCAGGAGGCAAAGUCAUCCUGAUCCUGAUCCUGUUCUUUUUUACCUUCGUCACGAUGGUGGGAGGGAACCCCAAGCACGACGCAUACGGGUUCCGAUACUGGAAGAACCCCGGACCCAUGGCCGAGUACCACACCAAAGGCAGCCUGGGCCGUUUUGAAGGCUUCCUCGCAGCAUUGUGGAACGCGUCCUUCGCAGUGGUCGGGCCCGAGUACAUUGCCAUGGUUGCCGCUGAAGCCAAGCGCCCACGCAUCUACAUCAAGAACGCCUUCAAGACCGUGUACUGGCGAUUCGGCAUCUUCUUCAUCCUGGGCGCACUGUGCGUCGGUAUCGUCGUGCCUUACAACGACCCUACCCUCGUGGCCAUCCUGGACGGCACCCAAGGCGGUUCUGGCACUGCAGCAGCUUCGCCAUAUGUGAUCGCCAUGAGGAACAUGGGAGUUUCGGUUCUCCCUCACAUCACCAAUGCGUUGAUGAUAACGUCCAUCUUCUCCGCAGGCAACACGUACACAUACUGUGCCACCCGAAACCUGUAUGGUCUCGCCAUCGAAGGCCGCGCGCCCAAGAUCCUGACCCGAUGCACGGGCAACGGCGUUCCGAUCUUCGCCUUCGCCAUCGUCAUGUGCUUCCCGCUUCUAUCGUUCCUGCAGGUCUCGAGCGGGUCGUCACAGGUCCUCACCUGGCUCGUCAACCUGAUCACCGCUGGCGGCAUCAUCGACUACAUCGUCAUGUGUGUGACGUACUUGUUCUUCUACAACGCAUGCAAGGCCCAGGGCAUUGACCGCAAUUCGUUCCCCUACACGGGUUGGUUCCAGCCGUAUUGCGGAUACAUCGGCCUGGCGUGGAUGUGCAUGAUCGUCAUCUUUUACGGAUACUCGUCCUUCACACCCUGGGAUGUCGGCACUUUUUUCAGCUUCUACACCAUGGUCAUUGUCGCCCCGGUCUUGUUUGUAGGCUGGAAGGUCAUCAAGAGGACUAGACUUGUGGGUGCGCGUGAGGCGGAUCUCGUCUGGGAGCGACCAGUCGUUGAUGCCUACGAGGCGUCGUUCGUCACCCCUCCUGCUGGAUUCUGGACCGAGAUAUUGCAGCUCGUCGGUCUCAGACGGGACAAAAAGGAUGUUAGACGCGAGUGUAUUUGA